AUGACGACAGCGCACCGGCCGACAUGGAAUGCGGCGAUCGCCAGCAACAGCAACCCAGGUGGCAACAUGAUGGUUGCGCAGACAACGAAAAUCAACAACAGAGAUGCGGCCACCUUCAAGAAGAUGAAAUUCCGGCAGGCUGGCCAGGGUCUUCUCGAAGAUCGUGGUUCCAGGGCAGAUCUCACAGAGGACCUGGAGCGAAGAGAGAAGGCAGCCAAGGAUGAGCGAGAAGGGAGAAUUAAGGAGAGGAAACGGCCAUCCCUAGAAGACAAUCCCUUCCCUGAGGAUGCCGACGAGGAACUCCCUAGUGAGGACGAGAAGGAGAAAGAGGCAGAAAAUGAAGAUGAAGAUGAUGACGACGACGAUGACGAUGCAGAGGAACUGAUGAGGGAGUUGGCGAAGAUCAAGAAGGAGAGGGAGGAAGAGGAGGAGGCCAAGAAGGCCCUUCAAGCCAAGCAGGACAAGCGGGCGCAGAGAGAUGAGAUCAUGAAGGGAAACCCUCUUCUUGCAGAAGGCUCUGACGUCUCGCUGAAGAGGCGCUGGGAUGACGACACCGUCUUCAAGAAUCAGGCGCGCACCGCGCCGAAAGUCAAGCAACGCUACAUCAACGACGCCGUCCGCAGUGACUUCCACAAAAAGUUCUUGAGCCCGGCCGUGCGAUCGAUCAAGAACCUAGAAGCUUUCUUCCAGGACGCCGAAGAGAAGCUGGGAUUGCCUGAAGGCUUCAAGAUCCCGUGUGCCAUGAAAGACUUGAAGUUGCAUUCUGCUCAUGUCAUUGGAGUUGGCGGGGCCAGCUUCCAUGAGAAAACAGGCACGUACGACUUCUAUGAUGUCUAUGGCAAGAUCACGACUCCUGCGGACCUGCAGCGGGCGCUUUCCACAGCAGGGUCCGGAGAAUGCACCAUUGAGGUUCGGGAACACUUGCAUUUCAUUCGAAUCCGUGCGCUGGAGGACGACAACAGCCGCCUGACGGCGCGACUCGACGCGCUGGAGGUGGCGCUGAGAGAAUCCGAAGAACGGAGCAGCAUGAAGCUGCAGGUGGCAUCAGAAGAGCUUGUCAAGAUGAUCAAGAAGUGCGAGACGACCAUCUACGACGAAGUUGGUCCCGCGCUGGAGGCCGUCAUGAACAAGCAGCACGACAACGAGAAAGACAUUCGUUCGGUGGCGGAGAAGUUGGCACAGUUCGAUCUGCAGGAGCUGCGAGAGCUUUCAGCCAAUGCUCUGCAGAUGCGGGACGAGGUCAUGAACUGCAUCAACCGGCUGAAUGUCUUAGACAGCCAGUGGCUUCGAGACAAGGAGGAGUUGCGGGAAAUAGUGGAAAGGACAAACCAGGACCUCAAGGACCUGCAGAAGUACAUUAUGGGCAAGAUCGACGUCGGCAUCGAGGCAGACGCCGACCUUCGGCGUGACCAGCAGAUCCUGAACGAGCGCAUGCAGCUCAUUGCGGAUGACCUCCGCCUCUUGAUGGAAGAGCACCAGCGAUUAGCAAACCGCACACUUGGUGUGGUGGAGGAGAACGAGGAAAUGCGGACACUCCUCGGGCAGGUGCGGGAAGACAACGAGCAUCUGCGGCACGACAAUUUCCAGGUCAGCACGCGGGUUCUCAGCUUGGAAGGCGCAGCGAGCGAAAAGUGGCAAGAGUUUACACCAGCAGUUCUCUACUUCCGCAACUGGCAUCGCACUGCCAAGGGGGACGACGUGCAGCUUUCGGCAGAUCUGUCCAUUGCAGUAGGCCGUGGAUUCCUGGCAGCUACGGGCGUCGUGAUAGGAAACACGGAGGGCCUGGCUGUAGGCGAUGGUCCCUGCAGGCAUUUCGGGACUCCGGGUUGUUUCUCCUCUUAUUACGAGAUCGAGGUUGAUGAAGUCACAGCCUCUCCGGCCGGUGCCGGUGGGCUGUUCCUUGGUGUCUCCUUGCAGAGCGGCGAGGAGAUUGCCAAUCAUCCCCGAAAAGAGUUCGACGGCUGGUUGGUUGGAGGCAGUGGCAAGGCUCUGACACUUCGGGCCAGCUGUGCGGCUGAGCCAAUCGAUGCGGAGAAGCUUCCAGACACUUUCGCCCCAACCAGCGACGAGCGCAGCCUUCGUGAUGCCAGAAAGGCUUUGAAGCUCCUCCGAGCAGCGCUGCCUCCCCUGGCGAAGGGAAAGGUGGAGGAGGUGGAGCUCCGGGACAGCUGGAGCAGCGAGGUUGAUCUAUCUGCGGUCUCGCUCUUUGGGCUUUGGGCUUUCUUGUCCUUGAAGCCAGAAGCUUUAAGUCACCGCUGCCCUGGCCGCCGGCGUGUCUUUGAUGCCGUUGCCGUGGCGCUGCUGGCGGAAGAGGCUUUCGCGGAGCAGGCUCCCGUGUACACAGAGACGGACAACCUCGGAGAGGUUUGGACGACUGCAAGCGUGCUCAAGCGUCGUGCCAAAGAAUUGCAGAAGCUGAGCAAACGCAAGCUCCGGGGCUCGCAGGCUCCUCUUCCACGUGCCUUUCUGACCUAUCUCACCCGAGUGUUAAUAAACUACGACCGCAGAUCGAUUAAACUUUGGGCGCAGUCCGCGCCCGAGGGC